UAAGCAAUAAACUAUAAUAUGUGACGAUGCUCCAAAUUAAGUUGCUGAAAGUGUCCAUCGCUCAUUAACCAGGCUCGUAUCAUCUCUCGCAUACAGACCAAGUGUUGUACAAGUUUACAACAAUGUCAAAUAUGACGGACAAGUCGAAAAUCUUGCGACAAGAGUCGCUGAUGAUGCCGACGGUACACAACCCGUUCGUGCACAAGAUCGAGCUAUCCAUACUAGACAAAAUACGGAUUGCAGUGUGUACAGUGACAAUAUUCCCAAUCCGACUCAUCAUCUUACUUAUAUUGUUACUGUUAGCAUGGUUAAUAGCCCGUAUAGCACUCCUAGGACUCAAAGAUGAAGAUUUCAAAGAACCAUUUUCUGGCUGGCGAAAGAAGCUUCAUAAACCCUACGUAUCUGUUUGUUGCCUCGGACGCUUGUUUGCUGGAUUCAGAGUUGCUGUCAAAGGUCAAAGGGCAUCUAGAGAGGAGGUCACCCUCUUGGUCGUUGCACCACACUCCAGCUAUUUUGACUCUGCCGUUGUUUCUGGCUUAGGAAUGCCAUCGGCGGUGUCGAAAUUAGAAAUGCGAUCAGUUCCAAUAAUUGGAAGUUUAGUUUCUGUGCUACAGCCAGUUUUUGUGUCCAGAAAUGAUCCAGAAUCUAGACAAAAAACAAUAAAGGAAAUUAAGCGUCGGGCACAGUCUGGUGGCAAAUGGCCACAAAUUAUCAUAUUUCCCGAGGGGACGUGCACCAAUAGAAGUUGUCUCAUAGGAUUCAAAGGAGGUGCGUUUUACCCAGGUGUAGCUGUACAGCCAGCGGUUAUAAGAUACCAUAUAUUCCCAGACACUGUCACAUGGACAUGGGAGGGACCAGGAGCUUACACAAUACUGUGGCUUACACUGUGUAAUUUCAAUAAUCAAGUUGAAGUGGAGUUUCUACCAGUUUAUCAUCCAAGCGAAGAAGAAAUCAACGAUCCUAAGCUUUAUGCUAGAAACGUACGAGCUGUCAUGGCAAAGGCCCUCAACGUACCCGUAACAGACCACACUUACGAAGAUAUCAGACUAAUGCUUCAGGCCACUGAGGAAGGAUUACCUUUACAUUCUGGAUUAGUGGAAUUUCAAAAGCUCAGAACGAAACUUGGUUUAUCGCUAGAGAAUAUGACUGAUCUUCUGGCCAUCUACUCGGAAAUUGCAAGAUCAGAUGAUAACACGAUUCAUAUUGACGACUUUGCUAAAUAUCUCAACGUUCCUGUUAGCCCAGCGCUAAAGGAAAUGUUUGAAUUAUACGACAGGAAUCAAUCUGGAAAGAUUGAUUUCCGCGAAUAUAUUAUAGGAUGUUCAUUACUUUCACAGCCGGCGAAUUCAGAGGAUACGAUACAACUUGCCUUCCAGAUGUUUGAUGAUGGAGAGAAGGGUUACAUUACACAAGACGAGUUAUCACAAAUCCUACACAAUGCAUUUGGCAUGACUGAAACCGAUGUCGCUAAACUCUUCCAGCAGGUGGACUCCGAUGGGUGUGGUCGAAUCACUUAUGAUGAGUUCAAAAUGUACGCACAGAAGAAACCAGAGUAUGCUAUGUUAUUCAAGACAUAUCAGGAAAUGAAAGUCAAAGAGGAUAGCGCAGAAACACCAAAAGACGGCAAAUUAAAAAGUGAAUAAACGAAAACCAAAUUCAUUAGCAUCUGGAACAAGCAUUUUGUUUUUUAUAGUUGAAUCUCAUGUGAAUGAGUUGAUUGUGUUCUUUAAUGCUUGAAUCUUUCAAUCUGUUGGAAAUAGAAUACAAACGUAUUUUAUUGACAAUCUUGCAUGUAGUCUGUUUAUA